AGAUCUCCCAUAUAGUACCUUUCAUUAUAGUUACAUUUUAUUAGAUAUUUUAUUAAUAUUAUUGUCACACACUGAUAGAAGACUGUCGAAAUAUAUAUAUUUCAGAUAACUCUUUUUGCGUUAAUUCAUAAAAUAAUACGUUGUGUCGUGAGAAAUUUUCACGAAACAGUCUGGGCAACUUUUGAGCUUGACCCGCUGCGUCCAGUUCGAGGUGGUUGGGUUCAGUUGAGUUCAUGAGUGACCAGGGUGCUGGUAUAGUGGUACUGUGCGGGACAGGUAGUAAACGUCAAAAAUGAGAGCACCCUCGUGAUAACUCUCGCGUGCGGUGCAAGUCGACAACAAUAACAACAACGUCGACGGCCACGAUAUCAGUGACGGUGUCGUGCAACAACAUCCGAUGUCCCGCGACAAGUACACGCGCUGACAGGAAAUUGCCCGAGGUCAGCCGAAUCGCGGCAUCUCUCCUCUGUUGAUAUCGCCUGGCAGCCCAGGAAAGUAACGAAAAAUACCUAUUUCACUAUUUUGCACAGCUUUAUUGUAACGACACGCAAGAAAGUGUCUUGGUGUUAGAAGGUAGGUGAAAAGCACAACAUUAAGAGGCCUGCUGCAGGCACUUUUGGGACCUGCGGUGGUUGGUGAAUGGUGUUGCAGAUAGAUUCCGUGUGGGGCUGGGCGUCACCCCCGCUGCGCCUCCAGCUAGCCGGGGUGACCAGGGGUGCCUCGGGGAGAGCGGCUGCGGGUGCCCCAUCCUCGCAGAGGAUGGGUGAGAUAGUCGUAGAACGCGCUCCUUCCCCAGCACGCCUCAGUCAUACCUCUGAAAAGCAUCCACGUGCGACGCUCACCGAGCUCAAUGGUCUUCGCCGUCAUCGAGAAUUAUGCGACGUUGUUCUCAAUGUUGGCACCAGAAAGAUAUUUGCGCAUCGUGUCAUCCUCUCAGCAUGUAGUCCAUAUUUCAGAGCAAUGUUUACUGGGGAGCUGGCGGAAUCUAGACAAACUGAAGUAACAAUACGCGACAUAGACGAGAUGGCUAUGGAACUGCUCAUAGACUUCUGUUAUACUUCUCAUAUUAUCGUCGAAGAAGCGAAUGUUCAAACUCUCCUUCCAGCAGCGUGCCUUCUUCAAUUAGCGGAAAUUCAGGAUAUAUGUUGCGAAUUUCUCAAACGCCAGUUAGAUCCAUCGAACUGCCUUGGUAUCCGGGCAUUCGCGGAUACCCACUCGUGCCGUGAACUUUUGCGUAUUGCCGACAAGUUCACUCAACAUAACUUCCAAGAGGUAAUGGAAAGCGAGGAAUUUUUAUUAUUGCCUGUCGGCCAGUUGGUAGAUAUCAUUUCGUCAGACGAAUUAAAUGUGCGCACGGAGGAGCAAGUGUUCAGCGCCGUGAUGAAUUGGGUCAAAUACAACGUUACCGAGAGACGACAGCAUCUGUCUCAAGUUCUGCAGCAUGUGAGACUGCCGUUACUCAGCCCGAAAUUCUUAGUUGGCACUGUCGGCUCCGAUCUGCUGGUCCGAUCCGACGACGCCUGUAGAGACUUGGUGGACGAAGCGAAAAAUUACUUACUUUUGCCGCAAGAAAGACCGCUGAUGCAGGGACCCAGAACAAGACCCAGGAAACCUACGAGACGAGGGGAAGUGUUAUUCGCCGUUGGUGGAUGGUGUUCGGGCGAUGCCAUCGCCAGCGUCGAGCGAUUCGAUCCUAAUACUGCCGAUUGGAAGAUGGUGGCGCCAAUGAGUAAACGGAGAUGCGGGGUAGGUGUAGCGGUAUUGAACGACCUGUUGUAUGCGGUCGGUGGUCAUGAUGGUCAGAGCUACUUGAACAGCAUCGAGCGAUACGACCCGCAAACGAAUCAAUGGUCUUGCGACGUUGCUCCAACUACUUCUUGUAGAACCAGCGUCGGCGUCGCGGUAUUAGACGGAUUUUUAUACGCGGUUGGCGGCCAGGAUGGAGUACAAUGUCUUAAUCAUGUGGAAAGGUAUGACCCUAAAGAAAACAAAUGGUUUAAAGUGUCGCCAAUGACCACUAGAAGAUUGGGAGUAGCCGUUGCUGUGCUCGGAGGUUAUUUAUAUGCCAUCGGCGGGUCUGAUGGGCAGUCACCCCUCAACACAGUGGAAAGAUACGAUCCAAGGCAAAACAAAUGGACCCAAGUACCCCCGAUGUCUACGAGACGUAAACAUCUAGGCUGUGCUGUAUUUAAUAAUCUAAUUUAUGCAGUAGGAGGACGAGAUGAUUGUAUGGAGCUCUCCAGUGCGGAACGUUAUAAUCCUCAUACGAAUUCCUGGAGUCCUAUAGUAGCGAUGACAUCUAGGAGAAGCGGGGUGGGUCUAGCGGUAGUAAACGGUCAAUUGUACGCGGUAGGCGGAUUCGACGGUACUGCGUAUCUGAAAACAAUCGAAGUAUAUGAUCCGGAACAGAAUCAAUGGAAGCUGUGCGGUUGUAUGAACUACAGGAGGCUCGGCGGAGGCGUGGGAGUGAUGCGAGCUCCACAAACUGAGAACUACAUUUGGUAGCUCAGGCCCCCCUCUUCAGCCCAAACGGCUGAAACUCCUCUAACUCCUCUCACACCGGUAACGCCAGUUACACCUGUAACCCCUCCCGCCCCCGUAUCGGUUCCUGUUGUUAUAACUAAUACUAGAAAACGCUACCGUCGAUCGAUGAGUAUUAUAUAAGUAAUGUGUAUGCAUUUUAUACAAGACUUUGCCUUUCCAAAAUUCCGCGAGAGCCGAGUCCCGCGUUUGACAUAUCUUACGUUGUUUUUUUCUUUGUUAAUUUAUCAUCGACUCCGAGAUAACUUCUUCGCUUGAUCAAAGCGCAUAUGGAUUCCGCGUGCGGUGAAGGAAAGAUGCGAUAACUCGCUCGAGUUACUGUACCAUUAUUUUAUUUUCACUUCAGACUUCGUCGUUAUUUCAUAGGAAUCUCUUUGUGAACGCUAUAUUUGUGUAUUUUAUUUUACGCGAUACGAAUUCCAAUCGCUUUAGUAUUAAGUGCUCAUAGAAACUUAUGAAAAAAGGACUGCUUUGCGUUUCGCACGCACAGAGUUUCAGAACGUUUUCUCAGGCAAGAAGAAAGAAAGGCAAAUUCUCUUCGCUCGAACACUCGCCAGAAGCAUUGUGUCUGAAGAGCAUUUACAGCUUCCACUCUCCUUCAGUGAAUGAAAUCGAAAUAAAAGUUUAAGCUUUCAGUUGGUAGUCUCAAUUUAAUCAAGCGGAAGGUUGCUUUUGCACCUAAUAUAAUGCAAGAAUGUAAUAUAAGACACUGAUUUCUCGCAAGAGUAGACUGCUUUUCUUAAGUAUGUGGAUACUAUGUUCUGUUUAUAAGACUGAGUGUUAACCAGAAAACAUUGAAAUACUAAAUCGUGAUAAACAGUUACAGUCUAUAUUCUCUCGCAAAUAUAUCAAGUCAGCGAUACAUGCACGCAUACACACUUGAAAUGUGAGACCUUAUAAAUAAUUCGUAUUAUUUUAUUCAUUUGACGCAUUUAUUAUGUUAUCAACGAUUUACACCAGGUGCCAAGAUGCACCUACUCGAGAAGCAAUAUAUAUAAUAAUACUUGAGAUUAUAAAUUAUUUAAACGCGAUGUGUGUGUCAUCUCGUUCUUUCGUAUUGCUGGAAAGAUACGCCAUUUAACCGACAUCCGUUAUACAUGUUUAAGUCAACAGAGGAGUAGCCUUAUCGUACAAAAUGGUGAUAGGGAUCAUUGAUAACAACAAUCUCAUAAUGUAACAUGUUUUUUUUUAUUAUGCGACAAAGACCAAUGAAAUUGGCUAAGCACGACCAACGCGUUUUGCUAUAACAAUAACGGAAUUCACUCGAUUUAUUUUGGCGAAAAUUAGAUGACAAUUGCACGUAAAAAUGAUUCGGAUGAUUUUAAUGAAAGCGUGGAGAAGCAUUUACGGAUCGUCGUUGUUACAGGUAUGAGAUUGUUGAAGACAGCAAAAUGCAUGUCUAGUGUAAGAACAUAUUGACGAUGUAAUGUAAUUCUUUCUAAGCAACUGGCCACACAAAGAUGAUUAUUCCGAUUUCUCUCGAGUUCUACGACGGCUUAUUGACGCAUUUCUCUUCAUGCGCGGGACUAUUGCGAAUAGUCCGUUAUCGUGAUUAAAUUAUGAAACUCGUGAUACUGUAGAGGCAAAGAAAAUGUGAAUUGUGCUAUUCAGUUAAUCAAAUUAAAUGUUACGAGGGUACAAAUUAUUGUAAUCCACGAACAAAGUUCGUGUUCGAACUUAUAUGAAGUUUAAAUAAGUGUUCAGUACCCAAUCCCCAGUCUGAUUUUCAAGAAAACAGGAGUUAGAGAUUUAAAGAGUGCAACAUUAUUUCUGCGGAGUAUAUUCGGCACGCAUAGCGCUAGCUGAAUUAUAAUUUUAAAAUCUGCGUCAAGACUCGUACAAUAGGCAUUAUAUCGAACAUUGACGACACGUUUCCCGUAAAUGAGGCACGAAAAACAUCAAAUUUUAUUACGUUAUUAAUUAGCGCGCGUAGAAUAAUCUCAGAAACGCAAGCGUUAUACAGGCGUAUUGUUUUUUGUCUUCCUAAUCGAGAUCAAAAGAUUAUCCUGUACAACUGUUCAGUACAAAGGAAGAGUCAUAGGAUUUCUUUCCUGUUUUUUGUCAAUAAAUUAAAGAAAGUGCGCAUUAGAAAUUUGCGCGAACUAUUA